ACUUCUGACGUUGGAUAAAUAAUAGGUGGCGUUGGUUUUACCAUCGAUCUCCCUGUGCAGUUCAUACAGUUUUUCUAAAGGACGCUGCCUCGGAGGCGUAGAAUUUAAUACUGCGUAGAUAAAUUCUGCUAUUCAACCAACCGCAACUUUCCACAUUUAUGUACGAUUCCAGGUGAAAAGAUGAUCAUCAAAGAGGCGGUCUUGUUCGGGUUGAUCCUCGCUGCCAUCCUGAUCCCACUGCUAAUAUGCUUUCCUGAUCGGGGCUUGUGGGAUGUGGAGGAACGCGGCGUGAAGAAACUGCAGUUCCUGCGCGUGUCGCGCGACCCGCGGCGCUACGUGCGCCCCGAGGAGCAGACGGCGCUGCUGUCGCCGCCGCCAUGCGCGCCCCGCCCCCGUGGCCACUCCGCGCCCCCACCGCCGCCACCGCCGCCGUUCCCGCCCCCGCCGCGCAUGCUCAUGCUGGUGACGUCGGCGCCCGCGCACUACGAGCGCCGCCAGGCCAUCCGCGAGACGUGGGGCGGCCGCAGCGAGGACGCGCGCCUCGUCUUCGUGCUGGGACGCGGCCGGGAACCGGCAACCCAACCCCCGGCGGAGGUGUUCGAGGAGUCGCAGCGACACGGAGACCUCUUGGUGGAAGACUUCACGGACGCGUACCACAACCUGACGCUCAAGACGCUGUUCCUGCUCAAGUGGGCGGUGCGCGAGUGCCCGUCGGCGGCGUUCGUGCUCAAGACGGACGACGACAUGCUCAUCAACACGCGCGGCCUGGUGCGCGCGCUGCCGCGCUGGGUGGCGCAGGCGCGCGGCGGGGGCGCCAACGGCCGCCAGGUGGCGCUGAAAGACGCGGCGGCCGGCGACCCACUCGCUCCCGAGGCCCCGCCCCCGCUAAUCUUCGGCUACGUGUACCAUCGUUCGCCGCCGUUUCGCGAU